UCUUAAUUCGACAAGUGCUCUGUGGUUAUAAAGCUAACCUCGAAAAAUUUAGUUUGUUUUCUAAAAUACAGAAAACAAACAGCUUUUAAUUUAAGAAACUGUUAUUUUAAUUUUACUUCGAUUGUUAAUAAGACCUAAAUACUAUGGCUGACGAGGAAUACGAAGCAGAGGACGCGGGAGCAGACUACGACGACAUCGCUGAGGAAGAUGACAACAUUGAGGAAACUGAGGAGCAGGAGGAAGAAGGUUACGUCCAGUGCCUGGCGCCAGGUCAAGCUGGAGGGGGCGUCGAGAAAUCUAAACGCAUCACUACGCGGUACAUGACUAAAUACGAACGAGCUAGAGUUUUAGGUACAAGAGCAUUACAAAUCGCGAUGUGUGCUCCAGUAAUGGUGGAGCUGGAAGGUGAAACAGAUCCUCUACAAAUAGCAAUGAAAGAACUGAAGCAUGGCAAGAUUCCAAUCAUCAUAAGACGGUACCUUCCGGAUCAUUCCUAUGAAGACUGGAGUAUAGACGAACUUAUCAUAAUAGAUCAUUAAAACCAGUAGGAUAUAGCUCUUGUAAAUUUCUUAAAAUGUUGGAACUUCAAAGCCAAGACCAAUUUGGAUUUUUUUGUUUCUGUUUUAAUGUUAAGACAGCUUGAUUUCUGUAAAACAUUUUAAUAAUAUCUGUGUUAGUUACAAAAUGUACCUUUAUUAGAGACAA